AUUUUUAUCUCACCUCUUACCUUAUUUUAUUCCCGAAGCUUCCCCCUCAGUCACGCUCGUUUUCUUCGAUUAUUACAUUGCUUGCUCACUUGCUCCAUCUACCUCGCUAGAUUCUUUGAUUAAAAAUGGACGAGGAUUUCGAUUUCCCGGCGGCGGACGACAUGAUGAACGAUGAUAUGGAUCUUUCCGUCGGCACUCCCGCUUUGAAAGUCGGAGAAGAGAAGGAGAUCGGAAAGCAAGGCUUGAAGAAGAAGCUUGUCAAUGAAGGUGAAGGUUGGAACUUCCCCGAAAUAGGGGACGAAGUUGAAGUUCAUUAUACGGGGACUUUGCUGGAUGGAACUCAGUUCGACUCCAGCCGUGACAGAGGCACUCCUUUUAAGUUCACUCUCGGUCAAGGACAAGUUAUUGAAGGAUGGGACGAAGGUAUUAAGACAAUGAAGAAAGCUGAAAAUGCUAUUUUCACCAUUCCUCCUGAGCUAGCAUAUGGUGCGUCUGGCUCGCCACCAACCAUUCCCUCGAAUGCAACCCUCCAAUUUGAUGUUGAGUUGUUAUCUUGGACAAGUGUCAAGGACAUCUGCAAAGAUGGUGGGUUAUUUAAAAAGAUAGUUACCGAAGGAGAGAAAUGGGAGAAUCCGAAGGACCUUGAUGAAGUGCUAGUUAACUAUGAAGCUAAACUCGAGGAUGGCACAGUGAUGGCAAAAGCUGAUGGCAUAGAGUUUACUGUUAAGGAUGGACUAUUCUGUCCUGCAUUGUCAAGAGCAGUUAAGACAAUGAAGAAGGGGGAGAAGGUACUUCUUACAGUGAAGCCACAAUAUGGCUUUGGCGAGAAAGGAAAGCCUGCCACUGGUGCUGAAGGUGCAGUGCCUGCAAAUGCCACACUCCUGAUUACUUUGGAGUUGGUUUCAUGGAAAACUGUGACUGAGGUAACUGAUGACAAGAAGGUCAUUAAGAAGAUCCUGAAGGAAGGAGAAGGAUAUGAGCGCCCAAAUGAGGGGGCUGUUGUCCAAGUGAAACUGAUCGGGAAACUGCAAGAUGGUACCAUCUUCUUGAAGAAGGGCCAGAAUGAAGGAGAAGAAUUGUUCGAGUUCAAGAUAGAUGAAGAGCAAGUCAUUGAUGGUCUCGAUAGAGCUUUGAUGACUAUGAAAAAAGGUGAAGUAGCACUGUUGACUGUUGCACCUGAGUAUGCUUAUGGGUUAUCAGAGUCACAGCAGGAGUUGGCUACAAUACCCCCAAACUCUUAUGUAUACUAUGAAGUUGAAUUGGUGUCAUUUGUCAAGGAAAAAGAAUCAUGGGAUCUGAACACCCAAGAAAAAAUUGAAGCUGCGGGUAAAAAGAAGGAAGAAGGAAAUGUGUUGUUCAAGGCUGGCAAAUACGUGAGAGCUUUGAAGAGAUAUGAGAAGGCUGUUAAGUAUAUCGAACAUGAUUCAUCCUUUGGUGAAGAUGAGAAAAAGCAGGCCAAGGCAUUAAAGGUUGCUUGCAAUCUGAACAAUGCUGCUUGUAAACUGAAACUGAAGGAUUACAAGCAGGCUGAUAAGUUGUGCACCAAGGUUUUAGAAUUAGAAAGUACCAACGUGAAAGCCCUGUAUAGAAGGGCCCAAGCAUACAUCCAACUGGCGGAUUUGGAUUUGGCAGAGUUUGAUAUUAAGAAAGCACUUGAGCAUGAUCCCAAUAAUAGGGAGGUGAAGCUUGAAUACAAAGUUCUGAAAGAGAAGAUGAAGGAAUACAACAAGAAGGAAGCCAAAUUCUACGGCAACAUGUUUGCAAAGAUGAAUAAAGUGGAUUCCAGAAAUUCGGUGCUAAGGAAGGCGAACCGAUGAGUAUAGAUAGCAAGGCAUAGGCGGAGGAGAUGUGGCUUAACCAGUGAGUUGAUGCCUAGUUUUUUUCUAUGGUCUUUACUGCUUGUGUUUUUAUUUGGGAAGUUGAGCUGUAGUGGAGUCGUGUCUAUGAUUCUGUUUAUCGGUGAAGUAUUUUCAGUGUAAGGAGAGAACUGCCCAAAAGAUCUACUAAAACAUUACUUUAA